AUGGACAAAUUGUCAUCAAGCAAAUCAACGCAAACUAAGUUCGAGUAUGACGCAACUGCACGUCAAGGAAGGCUUCACAAACGUUCUAUUGCAGAGAUAUUUACAAUUAUUUGUGCUGGCUUUGCCAUGAUCUCGGACGGAUACCAAAAUAAUGUGAUGACCAUGUUGAAUACAGUGUUUGCGCAGCUUUACCCCGACGAAUACACUUCUGACAUGAAAACCAAUGUGUCCAAUGCUUCUCUUGUCGGAACAAUAUUCGGGCAGGUUGUCAUUGGUGUCUUGGCGGACAGACUCAACCGAAAACAGUCUAUUGUGAUUGCAACCGUUUUCUUGGUAUUUGGCACCGUCCUCUGCGCGGCUGCACAUGGUGUAACUGUCAAUGGCAUGUUUUGGAUGUUGAUCAUUUUUAGAGGUGUCACUGGCUUUGGCAUCGGUGCCGAGUAUCCUUCUUGUUCCGUAUCCACCAAUGAAGCCGCUAAUGAAACAGUGAAAAGACGGGGCGGGGUAUUUUGUUUGGUUACAAACUUGCCCCUCUCGUUUGGCGGACCUUUCGCCUUGAGUAUUUUCUUGAUUGUGUAUCAAAUCACGGGGGGCGUCACCAACGGCCUCUGGAGGGCUCUUUUUGCUAUAGGUGCAUUCUGGCCUCUAUCUGUUUUCUAUUUCAGAUAUAAAAUGGCCACUUCUGUCUUGUUCAGAAAGGCUGCGAUAAGAAAGAACACCCCAUAUUGGCUUGCUUUAAAAUUCUACUGGAAGAGACUUUUCGGAACUUGCGUGUGCUGGUUCCUUUACGAUUUCGUGACAUUCCCGAACGGCAUUUUCUCAGCUACAAUCAUCUCCUCCGUUUUGGAUGGCUCGGAAAAGUCGGACCUUGAGCGCGUGGCUGAAUGGAAUCUUCUACUCGGAACGAUUGCGAUCCCAGGUAUUUUUGUUGGCGCUUAUCUUUGUGAUAUAAUUGGGAGAAGAAACACUCUUGCUAUAGGGUUUUCCGGUUAUAUUGUCUUCGGUCUCAUCAUUGGGUGCUCAUUUGACAAGAUUAAAGGUAUCAUUCCCCUUUUCAUCAUCUUCUACGGGUUGAUGAUAGGCACGUGUUACGGCAUUUCUGCUGCUAUUGGAAAGGUCGGUGCUGUAGUUGGAACAAAAACUUUCACACCGAUACAAGAUCGUUUGGGCGAAAAUUGGACGUUUAUUAUCGCUGCAAUUUGUGGCCUCGCGGGCAUAAUUUGCGCCCUCCUUUUCAUACCACAGCUCAAAGAUGAUGAUCUUAUGAGAGAAGAUAUCAGGUUCAAGAAUUAUCUCGUUGAACAAGGUUGGAAUGGGACCUUUGGGUACGAAGAGGACCAAGUGAAUACAUUAAGUGAUGUUUCCGAUGUUGACGUCGAUGUCGAUGUGGAGGAGCAAAAUUACGUUGACCAAAAGAAGCAAUAG